AGUUCCAGGAGACUGCUGUGGCGGCGACGGCGACGACGGCGCCAUGUCCAAGUGGGGUAGCUCGGCUACUCAAUCGAGGGGCAGUGGAGCGUCCAGGAUAGUUGAGCGCCAUCUGGAGCCAAGCUCGAUGUGGGAGCUGCAGCCAUAUCCUCUUGGUAAGGAGACUGGACUCCCCUUGAUCCCAUGCCCUGACUGUGGGAUGGCGAGGGUGAUAGAGAGGCGGUCAGGGAAGGACACGACCGAGAACUACCUGCGUGUGUUCUUCAAAUGUCCACGGAACUCAUUUCCUAAGCUUUGCGGGUUCUAUAAUUUCCAAAGGCAGUAUUUGGAUAAGCUGGAGGAGCUUGGCAUUGUCGCAAUCCACAAAUUCCCCCUGGCAGUGGACAUUGGUGAUGAAGCUGAAGAGGUAGCAGAUGCAUCAUCUGGGAGAAUGGUCAUGAAUAUGCGAGCUGGUGAACUACAGAUUGAGGCCAAGGUGGACAAUCUUGCGUGCAAGUUCAACCUUUUGAUGUCUGUUUUAGUAGUUGGUCUUGGCUGUGUGUUGAUGUAUGUUGCAGGCAGGCAGUGA